AUGUCCAUCGCGCCGGCAAAAUCCAAGCCCUACUUACAGAGCCAACUCAUUGACAGGGACAUGCCCGUCUCACCACGCGAUGCAAACCACCAACAUGAGCCAUUCCCAUUAACAUCCCUCCAUAGGCAGCACGCGCGACACGCAGGAGAUUCAAUUGUUAUGCUCUCCAGAGGUUGCUUGAAGACCACUCAUUCGUCCCUUAACCCUGUGGAGAGAGACAAUCCUGGUCGAGAUGUCCAGGGUACGCCGGCCUUUCGCAUGAACUCGUAG